AUGGUUACCAAGAAACGCACUUCAGACGCGGCGGAGCUGCCGAACAAGGCCGCCGACCGCGGACAAGACACCGCCCGACCGAUCCAGGAGGACGACGAGAUGGGAGAGUUCGAGGACCGGUGGGAGGACGAGAUUGAGGAGGAGGUUGUGGACAAGGAUGUCAUGGAGGAGGACGAGGACGGAGAUGACUUUACGCCGGCCCAGGAGGACGAGGACCCGCCCGAGCCGAAGCGCCAGACGUACCUGCCUGGCGUGACGAUGGGAGAGGACGAGCAGCUGAUUGCGGACAACUCGGUGUACCCGUGCCUGCACUCUCUGUCGUAUGCGUGGCCGUGUCUCUCGUUCGACGUGCUGCGGGACAACCUGGGCGAGGACCGGACGACGUUCCCGCAGACGGCGUGGAUCGUGACGGGCACGCAGGCGGGCGAGGUGCCGGGACAGGGACGGGCGAAGGACGAGCUGGUCGUCAUGCGCCUGUCUGGGCUGAGCCGGACGCAGUACGACGACGACUCUGAGGGCGAGGAGGACAACGACGAGGUGGACGAGGACGCGCGGCUCGACUUCCUCACGUUCCCGCAUGUGGGCAGUGUGAACCGCGUGCGCGCCGCGCCGGCGCUUGCAGGCGGAGCCGUGCCGGACCCCUACCACGUUGCGUCGUGGAGCGAGACGGGCAAGGUGCACAUCUGGGACGUGCGGCCGCUGAUCGACACGCUGAGCGGGCCCAGCAAGCCGCGCCAGAAGACGCCCAUCCACACCAUCACGGCGCACGGCAGGGCGGAGGGUUUCGCCCUCGAGUGGGGAAACUCGGGCCUGCUCUCGGGCGACAUUGACGGCAAGAUCUUCCACACCACCCUCACCCCGACCGGAUUCAAUACCUCGGGCGCCUUCACGUCGCACACCUCGAGCGUCGAGGACCUCCAGUGGUCCCCCUCCGAGAGCACCGUGUUCGCCUCGGCGAGCGCGGACCAGACCGUCCGUAUCUGGGACAUUAGGACCAAGGGCCGCAAGGCCGCCGUAUCCGUCAAGGCGCACGACGACGACGUCAACGUCAUCUCCUGGAACAAGAACGUCGACUACCUCCUCGUCUCGGGUGGUGACGAGGGCGGCCUCAAGGUCUGGGACCUGCGCAUGUUCAAGGGCCCCGUCGCCCACUUCACCUGGCACACUGCCCCGAUCACAUCGGUCGAGUGGCACCCGACCGACCCGUCCGUCUUUGCGGCGUCCGGGUCCGACGACCAGGUCACGCUCUGGGACCUCUCGGUCGAGCCCGACGAGGAGGAGCGCAACGCCGAGGCCCAGGGCCCCGACGGCAAGCCGCUCGACGUCCCGCCCCAGCUCCUCUUCGUCCACCAGGGCCAGAAGGACGUCAAGGAGCUCCACUGGCACCCCCAGAUCCCCGGCAUGGUCCUCACCACCGCCGCGGACGGAUUCAACGUGUUCAAGACCAUCUCGUGUUAA